AUUCCACCACCCAUCAUCUCGGUCUUCGCCUGGCUAGGCCUUGCAUUCUUCCCCUAGCUUAUUUUUUCUUUUCAUAAUUUUUUUUAAUUUUUUUCAACACCGAGCCGCACACUCCUCCUUCGUCUCUCUGGCCACUCAUAAUCCAAUCCAGUCAUCGGCUGGCCCAAGGAUUAUUUCAUUGGGCGUCAGGUGGUGCGCCGCAGCGCAGCGUGCGAUGCGACAAGCCAUGUUUCCUCUGCCACAGCUUGAAUAACGCAUUGCGUACCUCCCUCCCUCCCUCCUCCGUUUUCCUCUCGUCGCAACGAAUCUUUCACCCAGCCUUUCACGUCCACUCCUAUUCUCCCGUCGUUUCUGCCCCUGUCAUGCUAGCUGACGGCGCCUCUGAGCUUGGCUUGACGUAGGACGCCCAUCAUCGAUCCUCUCCUACUCUUGGCUUCAGUGGCUGUGUGAUUCGACCCGCUCUCUGACUUCUCCAAGCGCUCGACGACGGCGUCGAACGGUGACACCAAAGGGGAAAACAGCACCCAACCCCGACUUUUCUCAGUCAUCCAGAGCUUCCCCUCCCCCUUGUCCCGAGCUUCGAAGCUCUCCACCGAUCGACGCUUGUUACCGUUCCCGUAUCCCACCCCCCCUGGGUCCCUUGCGCCCCGCCAUCCGCCGCUUCUUCCUAUCUUUCGCGCAACCUCUCCCCGCCCGUUCCCCGGGCUUUAUCGCGACUACCCGCCAUGCCUACCUACCUCUGCCACGGCUUCCGUUGGGAUCGUCGAAGCAUCCGUGUCUUUGUCGUCGUACAGAACAUUGACGAUGCCGCCCCCGAAUGGAUCAUUGCGCCAAACUCAUCACCAGCCAUUCUCGAGUCCUUCUACUCCCUCUUCGACUUCCUCCCCGAACCCAUCCCCGACGAGACCGAGGCCCAACGUGACAAGAAGAAGCGCAGCAAGUCCAAGACGAAACAAGCCGCCGCUCUGCGCAACGAUUACGAUGUGCCGCCCUCGACCGUCCCGCCAGAGGAGGACGACGUGCUGCAGAACGAUUGGAGCGCCGUGAAGCUGCUGGAGGAAUACGAUCCGACCGAUCUGAGCUACGUUAGCCGCCCCUACGCCUACGUUGCCGAUCACGUGGUGCGCAUCGACCUGAGCAACUCGAUAACGGAAGAGAUCGUGCGCUAUGAAGAAAGGUUAAGCGAAACGAAGGCGAUGGCAGGCGCCCCGAGCGACGAGUUCUACAAGGUUAAGAAGGGCUCUUCGGGGAAGAAGACUGGGUGGUUCGAGAAGCUGAGGGAUCAGCUGCAGCGAGGGGAGGACAUCCGGUGGUAUAUCGUAGUUUGCGGCGACGAAGCGCGCGAUUUCCCGGAAGACAUGGGUGCGGCAAGGGCUCAACAGCAGGAGAUUGCACGCGAGGAGAACGCGACUCCUAGGCCCCGUGAUCGAAGCGCAGGCCCCUCAAGGGGCGGGACUUCGCCGCGAGAGUACAUGUCGAGCGUACCAGCGAGUCAGUUCGCAACGGCCAUGGCGCCACAACAGCAAUCACAGCAAAUCUCGCCCAAGGAGGCGGGUUUGCCCUAUGGCACCCUUCCCCAGCAUCCUAACAUGGUAGGCAAUUGGACCGAAAAGGAGACGCCAACAUUACAGGCCAAACCGUCAAUGGAUUUCAGGCCAAAGACACCCAAGAGCGGCGGCUUCAGAAGACUCUUUGGCAAGAGGAGCGAUGACCCAUGACCAUUGCAAAUCGAUUGGGCUUUGUCGGCGAGGCGAACCACCUCCACCUCGACCUGUACUUUUAUCAAGACUUGUUACGUCUUCCCCCCCUUUUUCUCUUCUUCUCCCUCUAUUAUUUAUUUGUUCUGCUCAUCUCUUGGGACAUGGCACUCACUUCAGCGGGUCAGCCACAUCCCACCUAAUGAUGUAGAACACGCGGUUGCAAAGCGAAGGCGCAAAAUAAUUGAAUUGUCAAUUGUUAAUUGACUCUUAA